AUGUCAACUUGGAGAUUUUCACAAAUAAACUUUUUCUAUCUUGAAAACGUUGAAUCAUUUGUUCCAGAAGCCCGAUAUGCCCAUAGCGUCACUCUAGUUGACAAUAAACUUUAUUUCUUUGGUGGACAAGUCUCGGAAAUAAAUCAAGGGCAAGAACUUUUUCAUCUUUAUGAUGAAUUGUUUUACCUUGAUGUUUCAAAAACUUUCAACAUUGAGUUUCCAUCAUGGAAGGGUCUUACAGCAUCUAAACGCGUUCCUGUGAGAAGUUCAUGGACUACAUCAUCGGUUGGUGUCGGAAUAAUGUCGGAUAGAUCAACUAUUUAUCUAAUUGGCGGUUUGAUGUAUAUAACUGAUCAAAAUGCCAUAGUGACAGACAUAGUUUAUGCGUUUGAUACAAAAUCUCAACAAUGGAAGUUACCUGUGACUAAUGGUACGAGACCAAAUAGGCGACGAGAGGUUCAGGCUGUUUCAGAUAAUACGGGUAAAAUACAUUAUUUUGGUGGGAGAUCUGAUUAUACUACUACAGGAUCUCCGACAGAAAAUGUAAUACGCUAUAAUAUUUUGAAUAUUUUGGAUACUUCACAAUUAUCUUGGUCUAUUGGCUCUAUGGUUAAUGCUCCUUCACCACGUGAAGGUUAUAGUGCAACCCUUUUCAUAAAUUUAAUUAUUUUUAUUGGUGGAAAAGAAAAUAGUUAUGAGGGACAACCUUUUCGUCUCGUGAAUAUAAGUCAGAUUCCAAUGUACGAUACUCAAUCUUCAACGUGGUAUUUAAUGAUUGCUGGAGGAGCAAACGUAGGCAAUCGCUAUUUUCACUCUGCAAUUUUAGCUCAAAAUGAUUUCAUAAUAGUAUACGGCGGCACAAGCGAAAGUGACCUUCCUGCAUCACAACAAUUAAUUGCUCUUAACACAACUUCAUCACCAUAUCAAUGGAUAGCACCAAAAACGUCUUGUAUUUCACUUUACGCGAUACCGCCACCUUUAUCACUACAUUCAGCCACGUUUAUUGAGAAAUAUAUGAUUAUUGCUUUUGGCAACAUUACAAAUGCUAGAAACAACACAAACCCAAAUAUUUAUUUACUUGACACUACCAACUGGACUUGGGUUACUACCUUUAAUCCAUCUAAUCCUUUUAGUCCCGCACUUAAAAUAGGUAUAAUAAGUGCAGUCAUUGGAGUUACGGUUUUCAUCCUAAUUAUCGUAGCACUCAUCAUAAUUCUACACAUAAGAGCACGAAAAAAAAAUAAUGGUCGAGACCUUCCAUCUACCAAAAACCCACCACCAUCAAGUUUCAGAAAUUCAACAUCUAAUCCAUUUUCGAAUAUCCAAGAAGUCAUACCUACUUCUUAUGAUGACCCUAGAUUUUCAUAUAUUAGACAUAAACCUAAUUCUAAUCCUUUGUUGAGAUCUUAUUCCAUUUUGAAAAAACGUGAUGAUGAAUAA